GAUUUAUAGCAAUGCCUAAUCAAAAUCAAGAUGCUAAUCUUUUCCUUUUGCUUUAUGUAAUACGUAGUAUAUAGAGCUAUAAACACUUGUACUAUCACCACCGUUACCAUUACCAUUACCAUCCUACAACCCAAUCCUCCAAGAAACCAGAAGAUUCCCAUUACACACAACAUGAAAAAGAGCUAAAAAAGGAAUACCAACCAAAAAACCAAAGCUUUCUCACUUUCCUUAUCUUUGACACCAUAUCAUCACCCUUUCAUCAAUAUCAAUACCACCACCACCACAAAAAAUCAUAAAUCCCAACUCACACCCCCAUUUCCUCAAACCCUAACCCUAGCCCUGAUCAAUCAAACUGGGAUUUGGGACUCACAUUGCAAUUUUUUCUGAUUUUUAUUCAAAAAAAAAAAAAAAACUGAAGAUUAGAAAUUAGGGACCUGGGUUCUCCUCAAAGCCCCAAACUUUCCCACAUUUUCUUAUGAAAAUGUCACAGAUGAAGCAAAUGUCUCAUCUUGACAACAUUCCUUCAACUCCGGGGAAGUUCAAGAUGGAGAAAUCUCCCUACAUUCACAGACUUCGGUGGCAUUCCUCCCUCGCUAAGCUCACAUUUUGGUCCUUGGUUUUCUUGGGUCUGAUCUUUCUCUUCUUUUUCCGAUCGCCGUCUAAUCCUUUACCGUCUGAUCCCUCUCGCCGCUCGCUUAGGACGUACAGUUGGGGCGGACCCGCCUGGGAAAAACGGGUCCGGUCAUCGGCUCGGGUUCGGUCCCGGAAUGGGAUUUCGGUAUUGGUCACGGGAGCAGCUGGGUUCGUCGGGACUCACGUGUCCUCGGCCCUGAAACGCCGUGGUGACGGCGUGCUUGGACUUGAUAGCUUUAACGAUUACUAUGAUCCCUCGUUGAAACGAGCUCGGCAAGCGCUUUUGGAGCGAACCGGGGUGUUUAUCGUGGAAGGAGAUAUUAAUGACUCGGCUCUGUUGAAGAAACUUUUCGAGGUUGUGGCGUUCACCCAUGUGAUGCAUUUGGCAGCUCAAGCUGGUGUGAGGUACGCCAUGGAAAAUCCUGGUUCUUAUGUUCAUAGUAAUAUUGCUGGUCUAGUUAAUCUUCUUGAAGUAUGUAAAUCAGUAAACCCACAACCUGCAAUUGUUUGGGCUUCGUCUAGUUCUGUUUAUGGACUUAAUUCGAAGGUACCCUUUUCUGAAAGAGACAGAACUGACCAGCCUGCUAGUCUAUAUGCCGCCACUAAGAAGGCUGGUGAGGAAAUUGCACACACUUAUAAUCAUAUAUAUGGUCUUUCCCUUACUGGGUUAAGGUUCUUUACGGUUUAUGGUCCUUGGGGAAGACCAGAUAUGGCCUACUUCUUUUUCACAAGGGAUAUAUUAAAGGGGAAGUCGAUUUCAAUAUUUGAAGCGGCUAACCAUGGCACGGUUGCAAGAGAUUUCACCUACAUUGAUGAUAUUGUGAAGGGUUGCUUGGCUGCAUUGGAUACCGCUGAGAAGAGCACUGGAAGUGGGGGGAAGAAGAAGGGACCAGCUCAGUUGCGGGUUUUUAAUUUAGGGAAUACUUCUCCGGUACCGGUCUCGGAUCUCGUCAGCAUAUUGGAGAGGCUCUUGAAGGUGAAGGCAAAGAGAAAUAUAAUGAAGUUGCCACGGAAUGGGGAUGUUCAGUUUACUCAUGCCAACAUUAGCUUGGCUCAGAGGGAACUUGGUUAUAAGCCUACUACUGAUCUGCAGACUGGUUUGAAGAAAUUUGUUAGGUGGUAUCUUAGUUACUAUUCUGGUGGGAAGAAGGCCGCUGGCUAACAUAAUUCUUUUGGUUGUGUGGUUAUGGUAGGAUCCUCCGAAUCUCGUUCAUUACAAUUCUUAUAUGAUUUGUUUUAAACAUUUCUCUGUUCGUUGCCAUAUGAUUACCCGAUUAUCAUCUUUCCAUAUAUCGUAAUGAUGAUUCCAUAUAAGGACCCUUUGUGUCCUAAACUGAAGCAAGUUUUGUGGUUGGUGGACAUUGUUUGCGGGGCACUCCCUAGCUGUAUUAAAAAAAAUUUGAGGACAGUCUUUUUUUUAUUCCUUUGGAAUGUAAUUGUUGUAGCUUUGGUUCUUUUUUUUCUUCUCCUUUUUUUGUAGAAUUCACGACUGAUAAGCAUAUGCUAGAUUGGUGGACAUGUACCAUUGCCAUGCAAUUUAAUAAAAUAGCACACAGUAGUUUGUUA